CCUGCGCCAGCGGCGCCGUCUGCUCUGUGCCGCGAAUUGCACUGCGCGACAAUGGCAUUGUUGCUUCGCGAGGAAACAGUCAGGAAUUGGCCCCGCCCCCUCAGUCUCAAGACCGGAGUCAGAAAACUUUUAUUUUUUUAUCGACUCGGACAACCGUUUCGUCUUUUGUUACUCUCGACUAUUAUUUAAUAUAGAAGGAAGAGUGGACAUACGAGGUGAAGAAUGGCUAGUGCUCCUCCAAUAGAAUACUCCUCUAAUGUAAUGGGGCCUCAACCCCCAUCAUAUCAAGAAGCAGUGGGCCUUCCCUAUCCCCCAUCUCUUGCAUACCCACAGCAACCUCUUCCUGACGGGAACUUUGGAAAGGGACCAGUGCCUAUGUAUCCAGCGCAGGCUCCUGCUGCUCCAGCUGCUAUAAACCAGACGGCUACAGUACAAACCGUCUAUGUGCAGCAUCACAUGAACUUCCUUGAUCGCCCAGUUCAGACGCUAUGUCCUGUCUGCCAACAGAUGAUUACUACACAGUUGGAAUACAAUUCUGGAGUUCUUACAUGGCUUUCAUGUGGAGGUCUCUUUAUUUUUGGGUGCAUCUAUGGCUGCUGUCUGAUUCCAUUCUGUGUCGACAGUCUCAAAGAUGUGACUCACCGGUGUCCAAACUGUAAAAGCAUCCUUGGGGUCCACAAACGUUUGUAACUCCUUCAUAGAAGGCAAUCGGAAUUAUGAUUUGCUAACAUGCCUGAGCCAACAUGGAUGUAGCUUUACCAAAAAUCAAAAAAUAAACAAGCUUUUUCAGUUUCCUUAUUUAUGUGAAUAACUGAGCCUGGAUUGAGGCAGAGCACACCAUUUUUAGAAAGAAAAGUACAUCUGCCACUCUAAUAAGUAAAAGAAUAAUAUCAUUUUCAGAUUAAUCUCUUUAUAUUUAUGCACUUGCCUGUAUCUUAUAAAAAAUAUAUAUAUAAGUUGUAUUUGGAAAGAAUAAUUUUCAAACAUGCUUUUCCAAUACACAUUAGCUAUAUUGCUGCACAGCAAUGAUAAAUCAAAAAAUAAUUGUGAAGAAUAUAACAAGCAAACAAAAAAUUAGGAGGGUUUAUUAAAAUAUAAUAUAUGUAAAUAUGCAGUUUGUUCUGAUUAAGUCUGCUAAGAUUCUGCACCAAGUGCUCCCUUAUCAACCCAAGGUAAAACAAGAGAAAAAUCAAAGUACAAACAGACUGAGCUCUAAAGGAAAUCUCUGGUAUCAUUCUAAAGCUCUAAAACAUGAGUUUAAUUUUCUUUUUCCAGAAGAAAGUUUCAUUUGGUGGUAGCAGGAUGGUGUAAUGCUGACACAACAUAUAACAGGUUUACAAUGCCUGUUUUAUUCUGAUGAUUGUAAGAAAACUACUCCGUGAGGGCAAAAUUCUGUUUUGACAGACUACUAGUGCUGUUAUCAGUUCUUCUCAACCCCACAGGUGCUCACCUCAUUAAUCCUGUAAAAGAAAUGCAAACCAAGUUCUGCAGUCAGUACUUAAAUGCCAGCGCAAGUUUUUACUAACCUACUUUGUAAGUAUCCUUCACUUUACUGUAAGUCUUCUAAUUAAUGUAAUGUUUCUUGCAUUGACAUGUAAGAGAGUGCACCUUUGAGACCUAUAACAGUAUCACUCUGUUCAUUCCAUUUGAAGAUGAUGUGUGUUUUCAUUUUUAAUGCUUGUGAACAAUG